AUGGAGCUGACGAGGGAACGUCGACAAAGAGAGCAGCUUGAGACCGAGCUGGCAAAGAAGGUCGAGAUGGCGAGGCACUGCAAGGACUCUCAGAAAGGUGAGGGCGGAAGUUCUUCGUCCCCGACCCCGCCUUCGUCGACGAAUGUGGAAGCGACGGCGGAAGGCGAAGGCUCAAGGCAGGAGGUGGAGGAGGGAGAUGCCGACCGCGACCGGCGCUCUGUUGAGGACCACUUGCGACAGGCUUUGGCAUGGAAGAGAAUCGGACGCCCUUUCCAUCCGCACCUCGAGGUGUGA